CGCCCCCCUCCCGGCCCCGCCCCCUCCCCCCCCGUAAAGAGACGCUCUCUGCUCGGCCGCCAAACUCCUCUGAACCCGCAGGAGACGGCAUGGCGACCGCUGAGGCAACGUUACAGUCAUGGCUCAACCAGGCCACCGACCCCAACAACCAGGAGGACCGAUGGGACUGCAUCCAGGGCUUCUACCAGCUCGUGGACCAGGAGGCCGGCGGGCCACAGGCAGCCAUUCGUCUUCUUGCCCAUAAAAUCCAGUCCCCUCAGGAGCGAGAGGCUCUGCAGGCUCUGACUGUUCUCGAGGCGUGUAUGAACAACUGCGGGAAGAGGUUCCACGGCGAGGCCGCCAAGUUUCGCUUUCUCAACGAGCUUAUUAAACUCUUAACGCCAAAGUACUUUGGCGCGUGGACUCCGCAGAGAGUGAAGGACAGAGUGACCGAGGUCCUGUACGGCUGGACUCUGUGGCUAAAGGACGAACCCAAGAUCCAGGAGGCCUACAACAUGCUGAAGAAACAAGGUAUCGUCAAGAAAGAUCCCAAACUGCCAGACGUCGUCAUAAUGCCGCCCCCAACGCAAAGAACCGCGGACUCUGUUUUCGACCAGGAGGACAAGGCCGCCCUGUUGGCCAGAUUGCUGAAAAGCGGCCGUCCCGAGGACCUGGAAACGGCCAACCGGCUCAUUAAAAGCACCAUCAGAGAGGAGCAGGAGAAGGCAGAGAAAGCGUCAAAGCGUGAGUCGACUCUGCAGGAGGUGGAGAGCAGCACCAAACAGCUCAGAGAGCUUCUGGGCCGGCACGCGGCCGCUGGGACCUGGUUGCAGCCGAGCGACGAGGUGAAGGCCGUGUACGAGCGCUGCGAUGGACUGAGGCCCAGCUUGUUCCGCCUGGCCAGCGACACCACGGACGACGACGAAGCUCUGGCGCAGAUCCUGUCGGCUAGCGACGAGCUAACGCUGGUCGUGAACAGCUACAAGGAGCGAGUGGGAAAGCGGGAGUGCGACCGGAGGGGAAGUGCAGAGGGCACGGAGGGUAAAAGUCACGCUCCGAAGAGUCCCUCAGAGAUCAAAAGCUACCGCCUCAUCGACCUGUCGGCUCUGGACUCUCCGCAGACGCGCAGAAAAGCCGAUUCGCCGCCGCUUUCCUCCCUUCUGGAAAGUGCCUUCCACUCGGCAGAUAAGCAGGACUUAAAUGAAUCAGAGUCAGACAAUCCGCUCUGCAAACGGACUCCAGAGACGGCGAGUUCGUAUUAUGAAGAACUUCUACAGUUCAAUGGAGCGAUUCAGAUGAAGAGCGCGGAGCAGAACGGCGGCGGCGGCGGCGUUGUGCUGAGGGCCCGUGGAUGUGAGGGGAGCGUUUGUCAACAAUCACCGUCCAAGUCGCAGAAGCGAUUCAGUGAAACGUCUGGAUAUCCGGGGCCAUCAGAGGAGAGCUCGCAGGCGCCAGAACUCCUGAAGAACAUCGUCGUUCCCAUAGAAACCAUCAAAUCUGGAAACCUCGAGCCGAUCACCGUGUACGAUCACGCCGGCGUCCACGUCUCGCUCCAUUUCGCCCGGGACUCCCCGCCGGGGCGCCCGGGCGUCGCCGUGGUCGUCCUCUCCGCCGUCAACACGUCCGCCCUCCACGUCAAAGGCUUCCUGUUCCAAGCCGCUGUUCCAAAGACCGUGUUGCUGAAACUUCAGCCCGCCUCAGCGACGAGCCUCCCUGCGUACAACCCUCUGCUGCCCCCGCCGGCCGUCUCCCAGGUCCUCCUGUUGUCCAAUCCUCACAAUCGGAGGCUGCGUCUCCGCUACAAGCUGACACUGACGCAUGGAGGCCGUCAGCUGACGGAGAACGGAGACGUCGACAACUUUCCCGACUGGACCUCUUUGAUCGGGCCCCCGGAAAACUCCUCGCACUGAAAAGGACCUUUUACCUGAAACGCUAGACGCCGAGAGCAGAGGAUCAGGGCUUCACAACAAACCAAUACCAAAGCCGUGUUCUCUUAGACGUAAGAUGAUGUGUUUUUCUGACCUCAGGAGGCUUUUAUUACUCUAGAAGGUGAGUAAACUCUAUAGCUCGUGUUCAAUGUCAACCGCUGAGAGCUGAAACUCUUCUCAUGUCUGACGCCAGUAUUUACAUGAAAAAAUGUAUUUAUUUGCUCUUGUGACGUGAACAAUUCCAGUGGCUUAAGAUGUGAUGUUUUUAGUUUGUAUUUAUGUUAAGAAUGAGGUUUUCUUAAGGAAUGAACGUUGUAUUUGCUACAUUUGCCUCCGUGAUGCAGCGAUUCCCAAAGUGUGGGCCGCGAGAGGUCAUUUUCAAUAAAUAAAUGAAAUGUUUUUAAUUUUCAA